AUGGGGGCCCAGAAUCUUCCAGAUGACGACUAUCUUCGCGCGCUCGUCGCAAACCCGCCGCUUUUUGGUCCCCCGGAUGUCCCACUGCGCGCCCACCACGGCGACGUGGGCGGAACCGUUGGCGCAUUCCUGUCCCCCAGAGCUGAACACGCGGGCCUGGAGAAGCGCGUGGCGGGGGAGUUUGCUCCUAUGCGCGCCGCUGUACCGCGAGAAGAUUCGUUCGCCCGCAGCGCGGCCGCGUCGACCUCUGCGGGCAGGGAUCACUCCGGAGACGCGGAACGCCCCCGAAUAGCCCUUCGCGGAGGCGCGGACGGCUGCAGCGCGUUCGCUGCGCCCAUCCCCCCCGAGCGGCGGUGGCGGGAGGCGCGGAAGAGACCGCUGGAUCCAGAAUGGGCGGAAAAUCCGCGCAAGGGCUUUAUGGGUGCGCCUAUAAGUCCGAACGGUGUGACCGAGGCGCCUGGAAAGGACCAUCAGCGCGGCGCGUUGCGGAGCUGGGCUGCUUCCGCGAGCUCGGCGGAGCUACUAGGGAUCGCGGGGAGGCGGAAUGGAUGUUUGCUGGCGGAGGGGGAAGGGCUGGGUGUUUGUGAUGGGGCAGGGGGAGGAAGCGGGGGGAUCACGGAACGUGGGGGAAGUUGGGGAAGGGCGGAGAGCGGGGGGAGGUGGGGAAGGGCGGGGCGGGGGGGAAGAGCGGGAAGCUGGCCGCAUUCAUCUGAGGGAAACGGGGAGCGUGGCGCUGGUGGGGGGAGGAGCUCUACAACCGCGUCCACGUGGCACGACUGGAUUGGCUUGCAAGGCUGGCAGCAGCAACAGCAGCAGCAGCAGCAGCAGCAGCAGCAGCAGUGCGUGCAAGCACGUGCCGAUUGGGUUGCCCCCCAGCAUUGGAAUCUUGAAAUCCCUCAAGCGGCAAGCAGUGCACUCACUCGCCUUGUUCUUCCUCCCCCCGCCCCACCUCCCCCAGUUCUACCUCCCCCUCCUGCCAACUGGCACCCUGACUUCCUUCGAGAGGACCCAGUACCACACACACUCUCAUCGCCACCUGCUGCCUUCUCUUCUGCAGCUGCUGCUGCUGCUGUUGCUGCUGCUGCUGCCGAUCCGCACCCUUGCAACCCUCCAAACUCCCCAGAACACCUUGCAUUCUCCGCUCCGGUUGCUGCUUUGCCAUCUCCACCCGCUGCAGUCACAUCAGUUGCAAGAAACCUGGGACCAGCCAGAAAACAGGCAACUCUUGAAACUCCCCAAAACCCAGGAUCAAGCAGAGAUGAUGCGUGCGGGUCAGUGGAUCUUUCCCUUCGCCUGGGGCUGAGCCCUGAGCGUCAGGAGCAAGAUUCUGUCCGCGGGAAUGCACAAGGAAGCGCGGGUGGAGCAGAGGAGAUCAAGGGGGUGUCAGCAGGGGGAGUGGAAAGCGCGCCAGGCAAAGGGGGAUGUGGUUCGGUGGGGGGAUAUCUUGGGUCGGAGAACGUGCAGCAGGUGGCGGGUGCAGCGCGUGGGGCGGGGUAUACGCUGGUGCAGGAUAGCAUAUGGGAGUGUGAGCCUGCUGCUGCUGCUACAUCUGCUGGUGCUGCUGCUGCUGGCUCAGGGGAAUCCCUGUCCUGGGGUGGGAGCAAGGGCGGGAGUGUGUAUGAGCGCCAUGCUCUGCUGUACCAGCAUUCCAAAGGGAGUGAGCGCUGUGUGUCUGCUGCUGCUGCUACUGGCGCAGGGGAAAUGACCGGUCGUGGUGGGGGCAAGGGCGGGAGCGUGUAUGAGCGCCAUGCACUGCUGUACCAAGUCAACUUGGACCGCCACUUGAGGGACGAAGGAAAAAUGAGGGGUGAAGGGGGGGAGGCGGCCGAAGACCUCCAAUGGGAGUGGCGGGUGUGA